GUCCCGCCAGCGUGUUCCCCGUAGCUGCAGACGCCAGCGCACGGGCCUCCUGUUGCUUACUUAUAAUAUCUGGUGGCUCUCUGUCAAUCUCUCCACAGCCCACAUCUUCAUUGUCGGACACCCGUAAGGUCCUCUGGGAUUCCCUGUACCCUCGACGCGUAUCUUGGCUGCACUCGAUUCGGGUCCCGUAUUCGCGCCUUCGAGCACCCUCGUGCGUCGGAAGGAUGCAUCCCAUUGCCUACGCGUGUCGGGUUUUCCGAGAGCUCAAAGCACUACUACCUGAUGGGAGAAUGCCUGAGGCCUCGGGCAGUAGGGUGACUCGCUCAGGGCGAGCGUUUUCACCAUGGACUGAGGACAACACCAUCAGGCCCAAGCAGGCUCUAAACGUCGACUCUGCAGUAUCACGUUGCGAGGCCUAUGCUUUUGAACGCGACUUAGAGGAGGGGGCUGCAGCUUAUGAUGAGGACGACUAUGAGCUCAGGGAUGAGCUGGUCUGGCCUGAUGGCACCAACGCUAUUCCUACCACCACGAGCAUUCGCUCUGCCACGCCUCUCUCCUCUGCCACGCCUCUCUCCUCUGCCACACCGGUUCCUUCCACCGUACCUAUUCCUUCGGCUACGCCUCUUCCUUCACAGCCUGGGCCCAACGCCCUUCCUUUUACACCAAAGGAGAAAAAGGCUUUUCAGCGCCGAAAAUUCAAAACCGCCAAUCGCAGGAUUCACUACGAAGAAAAGCAAGCAGCGACAAAAGCCAAGAAACACCACGCCUUGAAACAAAAGUCCAUCUCCUUCAAGCGUGCGAGCGAUACCCAGCCUGUCCCUACUGUCAAGCCUAUAGCCAGUCUUCACCGAGGCAAAUCAGGCCACCAAGGUAAAAUGUUGAAGGUUGGCGAACCUGAGAUGAAGGAGUAUAAGCUGGACGACCCAGAGAUACAGGAGAUGACCUAUGUGCCCUGGGAUGGGAUAACUCCAAAGGCCGUUGGAGACCCAACAUCUGAUGGCGAAAUUCUCGUUAUGCUGGCAGGGUCUCCUCGAGGCCAAGGGUGGGAAGAAGUUCAUAAAGGUGCAUUCGACGCUCUGGAAAGAGAAGGGGCCAGGUUCCACUGCCCUGACUCAAAGAAAGUCCAUCGUCGGGGUAAAUUCCCUGAGGCAAUUACGGGGGUGUCUUAUGGGGGAGGGAGAAAGGUUCCUGGUAAUGUUGCAAUCAAUAGUGUCAUCAAUGCCCUGGUGGUCCGGUCAUUGUUGGACAACGUAUAUAUCCAGAGAAUUGUGGGAUUUGCCAACCAGGCCUUUGAUCUUUAUGCCCCAAAGCUAUUUAGAUACUACUCCUCCACCAUGGACAACAUAUACGAGGCAUACCCCAACCUCCAACGGCUCUUCAAAAAAUCUGUGUUCGCCAGCUAUGCAUUUAAUUUUGGCCCUUUGGUGCGCACAUUUAUCCACACGGAUCACCUGAACUAUGUAUGUGGAUGGUGUCCUGUGACGGCUCUUGGAUACUACAAUCCCAAGACAAGCGGCCAUAUUAUCAUAUGGCCAUUGAAGCUGGUCAUCGAGUUUCCUCCAGGGUCCACCAUCUUUAUUUGCUCCGCCAUUCUGGAGCAUUCUAAUAUCGGUGUUCAACCAGGUGAGAAGAGGGCUUCCAUGACCAUGUUUACCGCAGGUGGAUUAUUCAGGUGGCACGACUUUGGGUUUCGCUCUGCUAAAUCUUUUGCUGGGGAAUAUGGGAAAAAGGUGGCUGAAGAGGCCAAUGCGGCGCGUUGGAAGGAGGGGAUUGCAUUAUUGCCCAGGUUCUCUGACCUCAAGAGUACCGUAAACUAG